ACCGGAGAGCUUCACUUUCCGGAAACCAAAAAAAAAAAAAAAAAAAAAAAAUCGCCAACCACCAUGACGCCGUCUCUGCACCGCCUCACCUCCGCCAUUGCCACCGCUCCAGCCGCUCCUCCACUCACCCUCUUCCCUGCAAAACCACCGAACCAGAUGCCGCAAAUCCUCGCGCCUCGAGACGACGAGCGCCGCGCGCGCCUUCGCCUCCAGCACGGCAUUGCUCGCAGAGACGCCGCUCUGCUCUCGCUCCUCUCUCUCCUGCCCUCCCUCGCUCGGCCUGAACCGGCGGCCGCAUUCUCCAUCGGAAUCUCAGGACCUAAGGAGUGGCUGAAGGAGCAGAAGAAGAAGUCCUCCAAGUUCCUCUUGGCUCCGAUCGAUGCCUCCCGAGAGAGCCUGCGCGCGGCUUACCUCAUUCUCACCAAGGCUUCUGAGAGUGCGAGUGAUGAUUUGGAGGAAGUUCAGAGGUUGUUUAGGUCAGCUGCUAGGGACUGCGUGGCAGAGGACCGGAAUUCGUUCGUCGCGUUUCAAGCCAAUACAGGAGUAGAGGUCUGCACAUUCAAGUUGAUUGUGAAGAAUGCAGCUUCUUUGCUUGCCGACAAGGACCCUGUAAAGUUAGAAGCUGAAGCUAUGCUCGAUGAUCUUAUUAGAUCUUUCUCUUCUCUGAAUGGUCUCACAAGCGUGAGUGAUCUUCAAGACAUGACCUAUAGAGAGAGAGUUGCUGAUGCACUCACAAAUACCAUAUCUUCUCUGGACAAAUUCAAGCAGGGCAUCAAGGAUUGCCUUGAAAUAUGAGCUUCGGUUCUAUUCAGCAUUAAGAUCUCACUUGAAGCUUUCAGAUUUAGCUUAUAAAUCCAAUUGCAACACGGAAGAUUGUGGAAAUCUAGAAGAUGGUCCUCGGUGAUUUUCAUUGUUAUUUGCAUGGAGAGUAAAAGCAUGUAACUCCUUUUGGUAUGACAAACCAUACCUUGGUAUCGGAAGAUCCCUCUCAAUUUCUUACUUAGCAUCCCACAUGUUUCCCAUUCUUAAGAAUAUUGUAACAACGACAUGAAAAGAAACAGCCUACUUGCAUAGUCUGCCA